GCAUAAAUGUGAAUAUCAAAUUCUAAUUAACCAAACAUAAGAUUACCAAGCAAGAUUUUAUGUGAUGAGCAUCAAAUUGUUGGAUUGUUUGUUCAAUUUUUGCACAAUCAUUAUAUUUGAUGUGGAUACAUGUCAUGCAUGCAAAUGAUAACCCAAUUUGGAGGGGAUGAAUUUUUGUUGGUUUGUCUUUAUGAAAAUCUAUCGUACAUGAGUUAUCUAGAAUAUUGUUCGUGUGCACUCUAAGAAGAUUAGUGAAAACUUCGAUCGGUGUACAGAUUCCCACGCUUUCUAAAGGACCUGACCUUUGAAGAAGUUGCUGUUUGUGUAUCUAUCUAUCAACAUAUACAUACAUUAGAUACAUGGGAAAGACAAUUCUGGUGUUUGGGUUCUCAGAGAUGGUGUCUGCAGAGGCAACCAAACAGUGCAUAGAAGAAUUUACAGGAAAGGGGAGCAUUUUCGCCUUGCAGAUGAAGAUGACGAAAGGAAUGAAUCCCAAACCUUUCGCCAUCGUCCAAUUCAAAACGGAUGAGAGCGCGGGACAGAUUCUGGAUUUGGCCAACCGACACCAAACGUUGUACUAUCGCGAAUCGUUGUUGACGGUUAAGGAACUGGAAACUCCCAUUGUGGAGCCAAGAAUUUACGCCCACGAAAUUGACACAACGCCCGUCUGCUUUGGGUGUAAAAUCGCCGAGGACAGGUUUUGUGUCCUGUGGAGAAAGCUUGAUGUCAGCGUCAAGUUCGGGAUUGGGUUUAAGUAUGUUUCCUUGUUCUUGUUCUAUCAUAAUGAUCAGUAUAAGCUUCAGCUCUCGUAUGAAGAUAUCUGGAGGGUCACGCAGCAUUUCCCCCGGGGGAAGAAUUCUAAGUUCCUCGUUAUACAAUUGUUUGCUGCUCCGAGGAUCUAUAAGAAGACUGAAGUUGAAGACUCCGUGAACACGUUCUAUCUGGAAGCUCCGGAAGAUCAAUGGGUAAGAACAACAGAUUUCACACAAAAUUGCAUCAUCGGACAAUCCACCGCCUUGUGUUUGCAGCUUCCAUGGAAUGCCUACCUUCCAAAUUUUGGCCACAGUUUCGCAAACUACAAUGAAGCUAAGAGUCCCUUCCAUCUCGACGAUGGUUCCUCCUUUUCUUCCAACUCGUCUCUGGUUCCGAUUGUGAAUCCUCCGAGCGGACUCGAUUUGCCGUUCAAAGUAGUGUUCAAGAUCUGCUCUCUGGUUCAGCACGGGUGCAUUCCGGGGCCGGCGCUGGACGAGAAGUUCUUCCAGUUGGUUGAUCCGAAGAAGUUUGAGAUUGAGCGAAUCGAGUAUGCGUUGGAGAGAAUGCAGAGUGUGAAGGAUUGCGAUUACGAUCCUGCAAAAUUGUUUACGCAGGAGUACAAGAGGUUUAAGCAGCAGCGGAAAAGGCCGGCGAGAAGCAUGGACGAAGGGAUUGCGUAUGUCCGACGCGUUUCUGUUACUCCGAUCAGAGUUUAUUUCUUCGGACCGGAGGCGAAUAUGUCCAACCGCGUCUUGCGCCAGUUCCGCGGCGAUAUUGAUCGCUUUCUCCGCGUCUCGUUCGUGGACGAGGAUUUGGAGAAAAUGCACUCGGUGGAUCUGUGCUCGCGCCAGUCGUCUUCCGCCGGCGACGUCUCCAGGACGGAGAUCUAUAACAGGAUUCUGACCACGCUUGAGAACGGGAUCGUGAUCGGAGACCGGAAGUUCGAGUUUCUGGCGUUUUCGUCCAGUCAAAUUAGGGAGAGCUCUGUUUGGAUGUUUGCUUCGAGAUCUGGGCUUACUGCCGCCGAUAUCCGAGAAUGGAUGGGAGAUUUUCGGAACAUAAAAAACGUCGCGAAAUACGCCGCCAGGCUCGGCCAAUCGUUUGGUUCUUCCAGAGAAACUUCCAGCGUCGAAAGCAACGACAUGGAACUCAUCCCCGACGUAGAGCUGCAGAACGACGACGGCACGAAAUACACCUUCUCCGACGGGAUCGGUAAGAUCUCCGCCGAAUUUGGCAAGAAAGUCGCCGAAAAAUGCGGCCUGAAAAAACCGCCGUCCGCUUAUCAAAUCCGUUACGGCGGUUUCAAAGGCGUCGUGGCCGUAGAUCCAACUUCAACCCGGAAACUGUCCCUGCGAAAGAGCAUGCUGAAAUACGAAUCCGGCAACACAAAGCUCGAUGUUCUGUCAUGGAGCAAAUACCAGCCGUGUUACCUGAACCGGCAAAUCAUCACUCUUCUGUCCACGCUAGGGAUCGGCGAUCAAGUGUUCGAGCGGAAGCAGAGGGAGGUUGUGAGCCAGCUGGACGAUAUGCUCACCGAUCCAAACAAGGCGCAGGAGUUUCUGGAGCUGAUGCCGCCGGGAGAGCACGCGAAUGUGCUCAUCGAGAUGCUCCGGUGCGGUUACAAGCCGAACGUGGAGCCGUUCCUGUCCUCGAUGUUGCAGACGAUCAGGGGAACGAGGUUGCAGGAGCUGAGGACGAAGACGAGGAUAUUUAUCCCCGACGGGAGGUCGAUGAUGGGGUGCCUCGAUGAAACGGGAACGCUGGAUUACGGUCAGGUGUUUAUUCAAUACUCCGGCGCCGGACGCCGACACCCUCAUCUCUCCGCCGUUUCUAGAUACAACUCCGACGGCAUCAUUUUGGGACCCGUUGUCGUCGCUAAAAACCCAUGCUAUCAUCCCGGCGAUGUCCGUGUUCUCAAAGCUGUUGAUGUCCGUGCUUUGCACCAUAUGGUUGAUUGCAUUGUUUUUCCCCAAAAGGGUAAUAGACCACAUCCAAAUGAAUGUUCUGGGAGUGAUUUGGAUGGUGACAUUUACUUUGUUUGUUGGGACCCUGACCUUAUUCCAAAGAGGAUUGUAUCACCCACGGAUUAUACACCGCCUUCUGUAAUAACAUUGGACCAUGAUGUUACUAUUCAGGAAAUCCAGAAGUAUUUUGCAGACUACAUUCUAAACGACAAUUUAGGAGUAAUUUCGACGGCCCAUGUCGUGUUUGCCGACAAAGAACCGGACAUGGCUCUGAGUGAGCCCUGUUUAGAACUGGCUCGCAUAUUCUCAAUCGCAGUUGACUUCCCCAAGACAGGCGUUCCGGCCGAGAUACCGUUCAACCUGCGCGUGAAGGAGUAUCCGGAUUUCUUGGAAAAGCCCGGGAGGGCCUCCUACGAAUCCCAGCGAGUUAUUGGCAAGCUGUUCCGGCAGGUGAAGGACAUCUCCGCCAACUGGAGCUUCAUCAGCCCUUUCACCUUGAAAGCGGCCAAGAAAUGCUACGAUCCCGCCAUGGAAGUCGACGGCUUCAAAGAUCAUAUCCAGGAAGCGUUUGAUUACAAAACCAGGUUUGACGAGAAGCUGGUAAGUCUGAUGGAUUACUAUGGCAUAAAAACGGAGGCGGAGCUACUGACGGGGCGGGUCAUUGAUCCGGCGGCGAGGUUAUACGACCGGAGAAGGGACGGCGAGGCGGUGAUUUUGGCGGUGAAGUCGCUGAGGAAGGAGGCACGGUCGUGGUUCUACGAUCAGAGAGGCGGGGCGAGAGGUGAAUCGAACGAAUUGAGGAAGAAGCAGAGGGCGUCCGCAUGGUACCAUGUGACGUAUCACCAUUCUUUCUGGGGGCGGUACAGGGAAGGGAGGAAUCAUGAACACUUCAUCAGCUUCCCAUGGUGUGUUUAUGAGGUUCUGAUUAAGAUAAAGAAGGAAUACACGGGCAGUAUAUGGGAUACCCUGAAUUUUACUUCAAUCGAAUGGCUGUGUAAUAUCUUCUGAUCUGAUCUGCAUGUAAUAGCUAACCGUGUAUAUAUUCAUGCAUGCAGCUUUAUGUAAUUAUCCAAAGGACAACAUUGUAAUAUAUUUAAUUUGGAUGUAAUUGUAAUUAAUUCUCAUUUAUUGUCCCAUCAACGUAUUUAAGUAUGGUGUUCUAUCAAAUUAGGUGUGUCGUAACAUAGUCAUUACGAUUUCUGUUGUC